AUGCCCAUCACCACGCCCAUCACCACAUCCACCCGCCAUCACCAAGCCCAUCACCACAUCCACCCGCCAUCACCACAUCCACCCGCCAUCACCAAGCCCAUCACCACAUCCACCCGCCAUCACCAUGCCCGUCACCACAUCCACCCGCCAUCACCAAGCCCAUCACCAUGCCCAUCACCACAUCCACCCGCCAUCACCACAUCCACCCGCCAUCAUCAAGCCCAUCACCAUGCCCAUCACCACAUCCACCCGCCAUCACCAAGCCCAUCACCAUGCCCAUCACCACAUCCACCCGCCAUCACCAAGCCAUCACCAUGCCCAUCACCACAUCCACCCGCCAUCACCAAGCCCAUCACCACAUCCACCCGCCAUCACCAAGCCCAUCACCAUGCCCAUCACCACAUCCACCCGCCAUCACCAAGCCCAUCACCAUGCCCAUCACCACAUCCACCCGCCAUCACGAAGCCCAUCACCAUGCCCAUCACCACAUCCACCCGCCAUCACCAAGCCCAUCACCAUGCCCAUCACCACAUCCACCCGCCAUCACCAAGCCCAUCACCACAUCCACCCGCCAUCACCACAUCCACCCGCCCAUCACCACAUCCACCCGCCCAUCACCACAUCCACCCGCCCAUCACCACAUCCACCCGCCCAUCACCACAUCCACCCGCCCAUCACCACAUCCACCCGCCCAUCACCACAUCCACCCACCAUCACCAUGCCCGUCACCACAUCCACCCGCCAUCACCAAGCCCAUCACCAUGCCCCAUCACCACAUCCACCCGCCAUCACCCACAUCCACCCGCCAUCACCAAGCCCAUCACCAUGCCCAUCACCACAUCCACCCGCCAUCACCAAGCCCAUCACCAUGCCCAUCACCACAUCCACCCGCCAUCACCAAGCCAUCACCACAUCCACCCGCCAUCACCAAGCCCAUCACCAUGCCCAUCACCACAUCCACCCGCCAUCACCAAGCCCAUCACCAUGCCCAUCACCACAUCCACCCGCCAUCACCAAGCCCAUCACCAUGCCCAUCACCACAUCCACCCGCCAUCACCAAGCCCAUCACCACAUCCACCCGCCAUCACCAAGCCCAUCACCACAUCCACCCGCCCAUCACCACAUCCACCCGCCCAUCACCACAUCCACCCGCCCAUCACCACAUCCACCCGCCCAUCACCACAUCCACCCGCCCAUCACCAUGCCCACCCGCCCAUCACCAUGCCCACCCGCCAUCACCAUGCCCGUCACCACAUCCACCCGCCAUCACCAUGCCCGUCACCACAUCCACCCGCCAUCACCAUGCCCGUCACCACAUCCACCCGCCAUCACCAUGCCCGUCACCACAUCCACCCCGCCAUCACCAUGCCCGUCACCACAUCCACCCGCCAUCACCAUGCCCGUCACCACAUCCACCCGCCAUCACCAUGCCCGUCACCACAUCCACCCGCCAUCACCAUGCCCGUCACCACAUCCACCCGCCAUCACCAUGCCCGUCACCACAUCCACCCGCCAUCACCAUGCCCGUCACCACAUCCACCCGCCAUCACCAUGCCCGUCACCACAUCCACCCGCCAUCACCAUGCCCGUCACCACAUCCACCCGCCAUCACCAUGCCCGUCACCACAUCCACCCGCCAUCACCAUGCCCGUCACCACAUCCACCCGCCAUCACCAUGCCCGUCACCACAUCCACCCGCCAUCACCAUGCCCGUCACCACAUCCACCCGCCAUCACCAUGCCCGUCACCACAUCCACCCGCCAUCACCAUGCCCGUCACCACAUCCACCCGCCAUCACCAUGCCCGUCACCACAUCCACCCGCCAUCACCAUGCCCGUCACCACAUCCACCCGCCAUCACCACAUCCACCCGCCCAUCACCAUGCCCGUCACCACAUCCACCCGCCAUCGACAUGCCCGUCACCACAUUCACCCGCCAUCAACAUGCCCGUCACCACAUCCACCCGCCAUCACCAUGCCCGUCACCACAUCCACCCGCCAUCACCACAUCCACCCGCCCAUCACCAUGCCCGUCACCACAUCCACCCGCCAUCACCAUGCCCGUCACCACAUCCACCCGCCAUCACCAUGCCCGUCACCACAUCCACCCGCCAUCGACAUGCCCGUCACCACAUCCACCCGCCAUCGACAUGCCCGUCACCACAUCCACCCGCCCAUCACCAUGCCCGUCACCACAUCCACCCGCCAUCACCAUGCCCGACACCACAUCCACCCGCCAUCACCAUGCCCGUCACCACAUCCACCCGCCAUCACCAUGCCAGUCACCACAUCCACCCGCCAUCACCAUGCCCGUCACCACAUCCACCCGCCAUCACCAUGCCCGUCACCACAUCCACCCGCCAUCACCAUGCCAGUCACCACAUCCACCCGCCAUCACCAUGCCCGUCACCACAUCCACCCGCCCAUCACCAAGCCCAUCACCAUGCCCAUCACCACAUCCACCCGCCAUCACCACAUCCACCCGCCCAUCACCAAGCCCAUCACCAUGCCCGUCACCACAUCCACCCGCCGUCACCACAUCCACCCGCCAUCACCACAUCCACCCGCCAUCACCAUGCCCAUCACCAUGCCCAUCACCACAUCCACCCGCCAUCACCACAUCCACCCGCCCAUCACCAUGCCCGUCACCACAUCCACCCGCCAUCACCAUGCCCAUCACCCGCUGGGGAAGGUCACUGUAUGA